AUGAAUAUCUUUCAUGGUAGAGAUUCCUCUCUAUCAUCUAUUUCAGGUUCAUUUAUGGAUAGUAGUUGCUCCAUCUCGACAUCAGGUGACGGAUCUCCGGGAAUCUCACCUAUUAGCUCACCUUAUCUUUCUCCAGGUGGUAGCGGCGUUGGCGGACGAUUUUUAGGAAGUAAUGAUUCGCCACAAUAUUACAUAUCAACAAACAGUAACAAUAACACAAGCACGUCCUCACUUCAGUUGCCAUCAACAAAAGCGCAAACGAUAGCAACCACCACGAGCAGCAUCGACAAUAAUAACAACAAUACUAAAUCAUCUAAUCCAGGCAAUACAACCUUUGUUCAUAAAUUAUACAAUAUGGUGGUGGAUAAUCAGUAUCAAUAUUUGAUUGCAUGGAACUAUACAGGAACAUCUUUCAUUGUGUGUAAUAUAACAGAAUUUUCAAAAGAAGUAUUACCCAAGCAUUUCAAACAUAGUAAUUUUAGUAGUUUUGUCCGACAAUUAAACAUGUAUGGAUUUCAUAAAGUAAAUAAGUCACCCAGAGGUCAUAAAACACUUGCACAAAAUCAAAUCUGGGAAUUUAGUCAUUCAAAAUUUAUCAAAGAGAGACGUGAUUUAUUAGACGAUAUCAAGCGCAAAUCCAUCGAAAAUCAUACAAACAACAGUAGCAGCAAUAACACCGAUAAUAAUGGAGUAACAAAGAAACAACAACAACAACCAUACGCACAUAAUAACAUAGGCAGUAACUGUGGCAGCGUGAGUAGUACUAACAGCUGUAACCCAGCAUUAUUAGGCUAUCAUGAUAACAAUCACGUUCAAUGUUAUUCAAUACCGGAUUAUCGUCAACAACAACAGCAGCAAGAUAUGUUAACUAUGAUUCAGAUAUCUCAGAUAGAAAUGGUUAAAAAAAUAGCACAACUGCAAGAAAAUUUCAAUUUGAUCGUAAAUGAACUGGCAGAAACCAAGGACACCCAAGUAAAACAACAGCAGGUUUUGCAAAAUAUGAUAAACUUUCUAACAUCCAGGCAUAGAAACGAUGAUCAGCAUUAUCAUCAACAACAAUUAAGUAACGGAAUGAUGAUAGUGGAGACGCCCCCACCGUCCAUAUUCGUUACGUCUCAUGACAGCGCUACUACAAGCACUACAACAACAACCUCAAAUGCACCUUCACACUUAAACCAAAGAAGAAACCAGCCACCUCCACCUCCUAUCUUAACAGAUAACUUAUCACCCAUGAUGAUGACAGCGAGUAGCCAACAAGCAUCUCCCGCAUUAAGUGCGUAUCAUACAGCACUUAAUACACCUGUUUCACCUUUAAAUAGCCCGGACCCGUUCAUUAUGAUGUCUGAUGAGAACAUACAAAUCCCUGAUUUACCGAAUACAACGAGUAAUAGUGUGAAUAGCCUUACUUUUGCUUUCAACAAUACUAACAUCGGCAACAGCAGUAAUACUCAUCAUAGCUUCUAUACAACACAGCAACAACAGCAGCAACAAUUCGUUAUUUAUCAUAAUAGUCCUAGCACUGCCUUGCCAAAUAAUAUCAACGACAAAAUGAUUAUUGACCAACCCAUUAUCACAGGUACAGACACUACCACUACUACCACUACUACCCCUACAACGAACUAUAAUAAAUUUCUUAUGCAUCCACAGCAACAGCAAUUUAAUCCCAUGUUCAAAAUGGAACCAUAAACAGUAAUUUAUCUUAUAUCAUAUGUAUACCUUUUCUUUUCUAAAAAAAUAAAAAAUUAAAUAUGCUUCACUGUCUUAUCACUUUGAAGCUUUAUUGCCACUGAUUGACAGAUCACAGGUUCAUG